AAUAUUUCAAUAUUCAAAUCUCACUAAUGAUUAAUCAUUUUGAGGUCAGCACUCAGCAAGUGAGCUAAGCAAACGAGGAACUCGAGCUUCUACCGCUGUUAAGUUAUAAUAAGCCACAUUUUUGCUGUGAUUUUCUUAUAAUUUUUAUCUUUAAACAAAUAAUGGCGCAGUCUAAAGCUGAUAUUGCUCUGAUCGGUCUGGCUGUGAUGGGACAAAAUCUCAUACUAAACAUGGAUUCAAAAGGAUUUGUUGUGUGCGCAUACAAUAGAACUGUUGAAAAGGUUGAUGAAUUCCUGAAUAAAGGGGCCAAAGGAACUAAAAUAAUUGGUGCUAAAUCCCUGGAAGACAUGGUUGCUAAAUUGAAAAAGCCACGAAAAGUCAUGCUGUUGGUAAAAGCUGGAUCUGCCGUUGAUGACUUUGUUGAGAAGUUACUUAAAUUACUGGAGCCUGGUGACAUCAUUAUUGAUGGUGGGAACUCCCAGUACAAGGAUACACAGCGGUGGUGUGAGAAGCUGGCAGACACUGGUAUCUACUACAUUGGUAUGGGUGUAAGUGGAGGUGAAGACGGCGCCAGGUAUGGACCUUCCCUGAUGCCCGGUGGUCACACAAAAGCGUGGCCGCACGUGAAACCCAUAUUCCAGGCCAUCUGUGCAAGAGUAAAUGAUGAGCCAUGCUGUGACUGGGUGGGAGAGGAUGGGUCAGGUCACUUCGUCAAGAUGGUUCACAACGGCAUCGAGUACGGGGACAUGCAACUCAUAUGUGAAGUGGUACACUUAAUGAAGGAUGUAUUGGGGAUGAACCAAGAGGAGAUGUCCAACAUAUUCGACGAGUGGAACAAGGGAGAGUUGAACUCAUUCCUGAUAGAGAUCACAAGAGAUAUCCUCAAGUUUAAGGAUUCCGACGGUCAAUACCUGAUGCCGAAGAUCCGGGACACGGCUGGACAGAAGGGUACAGGGAAGUGGACAGGCAUCAGCGCUUUGGAGUACGGGGUACCAGUCACUCUAAUUGGCGAGGCAGUGUUUGCUCGGUGUCUCUCUGCUUUGAAAGAUGAGAGAGUGGCAGCUAGUAAGGUGCUGUCGUCUCCAAGCGCAGCCUUCACCGGUGAUAGGGCUACCUUCCUUGAGCACGUGCGAAAAGCUCUGUACGCCAGCAAGAUCAUCUCGUACGCCCAAGGGUUUAUGCUGAUGAGAGAAGCAGCCAAGGUACACGGUUGGAAUCUAAACUACGGAAGUGUUGCCUUGAUGUGGCGAGGUGGUUGUAUCAUCAGAAGCCGUUUCCUGGGUAACAUUAAGGAGGCGUACGAGAAGAACCCUCAGCUGAGCAACUUGCUCCUGGAUCCAUUCUUCAGCAGCACUCUUCAGAAGACGCACGGUUCGCUGCGUCAGGUUGUGGCUCAGGCUGCCCUCGCCGGUGUGCCCGUGCCGGCUUUAUCAUCAGCUCUCGCCUUUUACGAUGGCUAUAGAUGUCCCAUGCUUCCAUCCAACCUGCUCCAGGCGCAGCGAGAUUACUUCGGCGCGCAUACUUAUGAGUUACUCGACAAUCCGGGCACUUUCGUCCACACCAACUGGACGGGACACGGCGGCGAUGUAUCGGCGUCUACUUACUCCAAGUAAACCCUCAGUAGCCGUUCUGUCUUCGCAAUGUACGAUAUACGUAUAACUAAAAUAAGAAUUAUUUCUUAUUAUUAUUAUUAGUAUAUUAUUAUACUGUAAGGGGCCAUACAUAAAUUACGCCGCACUAAUUUUAUUGAUUUUAAGCCCCCACCCGUGCUUAUAAAGCCCUCCCACCUGCUUUUUUGUUACCCCACCCCCCUGAUGUGACGUCACAAAGGUCUUCAUCCCCCCUGUUCCUUGUCACACAAUGUCACAUUUCAUUAUCCAACAAAGUGUGACAGAAUUUAGGAAUAGCAUCUAAUUAAAUUAAUAUACCAUUUUUUGAAUUUAGUAUUUUUUUAACAAUCUAGCUCCGAAUUUUGUGUAAUCUGUGUGUUUCCUAUACGCUAUAAUAUGUAUUUAAUAAAAUGUACAAAUAAAUAGAUUGUUUAAAAUGUAUUAAAACGCGUGUAGAAUGUAAAAACUUUUUAACAUCUUAAAUAGAUAUACAUACUUUGUAGUUCUUGAAUUACAACUACCCUCAUACAUAAUUACAACAGACGGUCUUAGAUAAUUUAUAUGUCUAGAUAGAGCUUCUUACUGUUAGGCAACGCAUAACAGGCCAGGUUUAUUACUUAAGUGUGCACGAAAGCUAUGUCUCACACUCUCGAUACGCCAGUCACCUUGUUUCAGUGUGCAUGCGUUGCUAAAAAUAGAGGCUAACAGUUCGCCGCUUUUUUUUUUCGACGUGUUCACAGCUGUCACAGUCCAUCUAGACGUAUAAAUUAUCUAAGCAAAGAUUUAGCUGAAAUAAUUUGACCAAGAUAUACCCUACACACAAUUUGUACGCUUGUCCGCACUAUAGCUUGUUACAUGAAAGCACAAGAACUUCGUACAUUUGUUAUCACAGACGGACGGUAAGAGUAAUAUUUUUGAUAAUUAUAACAUUCCCUAGUUAUAAAAUAAUUGUAUGUAAGUGCAAUGUUCCUUAGAAGAGACAAAAUAUACUUUUGAAUGGUGCUACUGAAAAGUUCCAAUAUAAAUUUGAUACAGUUUUAUGUAAAAUAAUAAGAAAGAGGAUAAGAAAUUUACAAAAAGUACAGUCACCGUCAUAAUCAAUGUUCUCCCAACUAAUUAAAUGUAGACAAUAUUGUGCUGUGGUAAAUGACGGCCGGGUUACGUUUGACAACCGUUCAAAAUCGUUUAAAUUAAUAUCAAUAUUGAAAAUGACAAUCUGUUAUUAAGCCGUUUUCAUUAUUAAUGAUCUCUAAAAUCAGAUAUACUCUGCUUCUUCUUGAAAAAGUUAGCAGCCGGCCUAGAGGUGAUCACCUACCAUCAAGUUCGAGCCUUUCGUGAUUCCAUCCGUUCACAGUCAUCACAUUGGCCUUUUAAGGCCGUGAAGUAUGGAUUGAACGUUUUGGCCUCUAAUUGUAAAUCUUCACAAUGCUCGAACAUAUAAAAUAUAUUAGCAGUGCAUCGUCACAAAUUUAACAGAGCUACCACUUAGUAAAUCCCAUGUUUGGCUCUUAAUAUCUCAAAACAAAGUAAUUUGAUGCAUGAAGUUCCACAUUUUUAAUGCCCGUAUUUGUAGGUGAUAUAUGUUGAUGACUGUACUCUCACGAACAUAAGACGUAAUAUAAUCAAAUAAAAACUAAAAUUGUAAUAAAUUAAGAAGGUAUAGAACAAAUGGAUUUUUUAACUGUAGUAUUUAUUGUAUUAUGAUGUAUUAGUUGUCUAUUUUUGUAAAAUAAGUCUAUAUUAUCAAUUAUGUUGUAUUAUUAUGUAUCAUACGGACGGUGAAUUGUUUUGAACAGUCUUGAAGUCGUAAAAAAUUUGAGGUUUUAUUUAUUGUUCAAAAAACUUAAGCAUUUAUUUCUAUUAAAAUAGUUGCAAUAUUGCCAUGGAAUAUAUUUAAAAGCACCAUUCCUUGAAAGUUAAGUUUUUAUUGGACUAAGUCCAUUUUUAUUAUUGUUUUUUUUUAUUAAUAAAUAUAUCGGUUGUUGAAUGCUUAUGAAAUAACAUUAAGUCGGUUUGUACGUCUCUAUACAUUUUUAAAAAAUGUUGGGUUAUUUAUUAGAUUCUGUGUUUGGUAUUAAGAGAAUAAAGGGCUAUUUUUGCA